CAAUAGCUCUGAAAAAUCAAAAUGAAAACCCUUAUGCCAUGAAAUCCCCUCGCAAAAACCGCUCACAAUCGUUCUCACUCUCACUCUCAUGUUGUGAAACCACCUCUUGCUCUUCCUCAGUCAUCUCUUGUUUUGCCUCUCCGAUCCCUCGCUCCGCCUCAUCGAUCUCACAAUUCGUAAAUUGAAACCACAAUCGCAUGAUUCCUCGUCUUCGCCACCGUCGCAGGCUCUCAUCGGAAUCUGGAAUGACCUGGAGGAGAUCAGCGGUAGCUUCAAGAACUCUCUAUCGCUUCUCUCGUCCAACAGAGCCGUCACGGGGAUCUCCAAACUCGCCUCUCAGCUGUUGCAACUGAAGCCCGACCACAAACGGCAAGGUGACGGCGACGGCGACGGCGACGCGGUGCCUGUUACGAUAGAGGAGGCUGUUCGUUUCGUCAAGGAAAUUUCCACGCGACCUGAUUGUUGGACUGAAUUCCCCUUGCUAUUCCAUCAUUGUUAUUUCAUAGGCACUCUAUUGCAAGACCUGCUCCCUUAGCAUCACUUUGUUUUAACUCCUUAAGUUGAACUAUUUAAGGAGAAAGUGUGGACAAGAUUUCCACCUGAAGGAUCCAAGUACAUGCCACCGUAUCCAACUAUCCAUCAGCCGAAUUUAAGUGGAAGGAUUACUGUCCAGUAGUUUUUAGAGCUCUUAGGAAGCUAUUCAAGGUGGAUCCAGCUGAUUACAUGUUAUCCAUAUGCGGAAAUGAAGCUCUUUGUGAACUUUGCUCCCCCGGAAAAAGUGGAAGCUUCUUUUACUUGACGAAUGAUGACCGCUACAUGAUUAAGACAAUGAAGAAAGCUGAACUAAAAGCUCUCUUGAGAAUGCUUCCUGCCUACUACACUCAUUUUUGAACUUAUCAAAAUACAAUGGUGACAAAGUAUUAUGGUUUGCAUUAUGUCAAAUUAAGUGGACAUAUCCAAAGGAAGGUUCGAUUUAUCAUAAUAGGAAGCCUUUUCUGUUCUAAAUAUAACACCCAUAGACGCUAUGAUCUUAAGGGAUCUUCACUUGGUCGGACAACCGAUAAGCCUGAGACUGAGCUCAGUGAAACAACUAUCCUUAAGGAUCUUGAUCUAAACUUUAUAUUCCGGCUGCAACCGUCUCAAUUUGAAGAAUUCUGCAGUCAAAUUGAUAGAGACUGUGAGCUUCUAGAACAGGAGGGAAUUAUGGACUAUAGUUUGUUAGUAGGUAUUCAUUUCAGACAUAUAUCACCAGAUGGGGAACUUGUUCCUUGUGGAUCUGAGAAUCUUAUUGGAAAAGCCAAAAAGUCAAGGUUUCUGUUAUUAUUAUUAUUAGCCAAAGAUGGUUCACUAUGAUACACUCCACUAGGCCUUUCCUUUUUAGAGUUUAUCAAGAGAUUGCAAAACAUGUAAGCCUAAUGGUAAUUUGCUUCAAAUCAUUCACUUGUGUUAAUCACUCUUAUCUUCUUAGGCUGCUGCUGCCCUAGAGGGUGUCAGGGAUAUUAGUUUUUUUUUGUGACUAUAUUCAACUUAUUAGUUUAUAUCAACUUGAAUCCAUUCCAUGAUAAUGUAUAUACAAUAACAGAGCUAUAUAUAGCAGAAAACUAGAGUUGAGUACAAUUGUUAGUACCGUUUUAGAAUUAUUAGUACUUGUAUAUAUACUUUAUUAUUUUAUAUCAUUAUAUUUUUUCGUUAUAUGGAUUAUUAUUGUUAUAAAUAGGAAGAUCCUAGUACCACUUGAUCGAUGUCUAAUUUUAAUUGAAGGCUAUGACAUGACUAUGAAUACUAUUUGUUGUUUGUUUGU